AUGACUAAUCGCCAGUGGAAAGCAACCAGUCGCCCCUCCUUUAGUUCUUCAACUACAGAGAACCUGCUUGGCGACCGGUCCCCAGAGAAAAACGAUCCAUUAGCUCCACGCUGUCAAAAUCAGGAGGAAAUUGAACCAUUUUAUGAGAUUUUGCCCGCUUCAGCUCUAGUACCACAUCAAUCACUUGCUGAUGAAGUGAUUCAGGAAUUUGAGAUAAAGGAUUUAGGUUAUCUGAAGUACUUUCUCGGAAUCGAAGUAGCAAGGUCAAAGACUAGUAUAUUUCUGUCUCAAAUGAAGUAUGUAAUGGAUCUACUCACUGAAACAGGAAUGCUUGGAUGUAAGCCUACUGAUACACUCAUUGAGAUAAAUCACAAGUUGUGUGAAGACAUGUACCGAGAACCAACCAAUAAGGAACAGUACCAAUGCCUUGUUGGAAGGUUGAUAUACCUGGCAUACACAAGACCAGAUAUUGCAUAUGUUGGGAGUGUGGUUAGUCAGUUUAUGAAUUUGUCCAGUGUUUCUCAUAGGAAUACAUUUUAUCAGAUCUUAAGAUACUUAAAGUCAGCCCUUGGGAAAGGAUUACUGUUCUCGAAAAAUGGAGAUCUUGAAGUUGUUGGAUAUACAGAUGCUGAUUGGGCUGGUUCCAUUAUAGAUAGAUGCUAUACUUCUGGUUACUUUACAUUUGUGGAAGGUAACCUAGUCACUUGGCGGAGUAAAAAGCAAAAUGUGGUUUCUCGAUCUAGUGCAGAAAUAGAGUAUCGAGGAAUGGCUCACGGAGUUUGUGAUUGGGCUUCAAGCCAGAAAAGCCAAUGA